AUGAGUGGCAAUUGGUCUUGGGAGGUGCAGGUCUAUGGCGCUACUCUUGUUCCUGUCAUACUCAGCUCAGACAAGACCCAGCUCUGCCAAUUUCGAGGUGAUAAAACUGCAUACCCCAUCUAUCUUACUAUUGGCAACAUCUUGAAGUCUAUUUGCAACAAGCCAUCCUUUCACGCCCAGAAACUUAUCGGAUACCUUCCGACCAUUUCAUUAGAUGGGACAGAUAUAUCAGCAAAUAGUGCCUGCCUUACUCAUGUGCAGCUCUUUCAUUAUGCCAUGUGGAUGGUUACCAGCUCACUGCGCACUGGACCUCUGACCAACGGCAUAGAGCUUAUAAGUGGAGAUGGGGUAGUGCACCUCAUAUUUCCCGUGCUCGCUGCUUAUGUGGCAGAUUAUCCAGGGUAA